AAUUGACGCCGCUAUCGAUCCUGGAUCGCGAAAUCCAGGGACGCUCUCUGAUACGGGCGCUCGUCGCAUACAGUCGGCUUUGCAUUGUCAUCAGUGCAGUUUUCGGGAGAGUUGCCGCUAUCAAGAUCAGCGGCAACUCAAGAAGACGAAAUCAUCGACGAGGAUCAACCCCGGACACGGGAGCGAAUAUCGUGAGCCGAUCCGCGAAGCAAGCACGAGGAUGAAAGCGAUUGCGUUGUUCCUGACGGCUACGUGCCUGGUUCAGGUAUCUAUCUCACGCUCGCGAAUACCUGCCCGCCGCCAACACACCGCCGACAAUGCCUACCUGAUUAAGCAGAAGAACAUCUACGAGCUAUUCUGGCACAUCGACCAACCCACCGUCUAUCACCCGGAGCUCUACCAAAAGGCGCAAUCCUUCAACUUCCAAGACAACCUCGCUUCGUUCAACAAUCAGGCAGCGGUUACCGAGUUCCUACAGCGAUUGGAAUACGGAAUAGUCCCGCGAGGAAUACUGUUCUCCGGCGACCAACAUUACCAUGAAGCGAUCAAUCUGUUCUAUGUCUUCCUCAGCGCCAAGGAUUUUGAGACCCUUUAUAAUGUUGCCGUUUGGGCGCGUUUCAAUGUGAAUGAAUACGUGUAUAUUUACGCGUUGAUGGUUGCCGUCCUGCAUCAUCCCGACACCAGACGCAUCCAUCUACCCCCGCUUUACGAAAUACUCCCCCAUUACUUCUUCAACGAGGAAGUUAUACAUAAGGCCCAUCACAUCGCCUUGGGCAACAGGCAAAGUGCCGUGAAUGAAACAGUCGGAAGUGUAAAUUACUAUUACAUUCCUGCCAACUACAGCGACUGGUACAUAGUGCACGACCAUGGGGUUUCGGAUUAUCAUAAAUUAAGCUACUUCACCGAGGACGUCGGUUUGACUUCUUUCUAUGUCGCAAGCAUCCACGACUUCCCACACUGGCUAAGCAGCGAUACACAUAAUUUGCUCCCGUUCUUCCGCGGCGAAUGGUAUUUGUACUUGCAUCAUCAGAUUCUCGCUCGUUAUAAUCUGGAGAGACUGUCGAAUAAUCUCAUCGACGUCGAGUACGUUGACAUAAACAAGCCCGUCGUUCCUUAUUAUCCGAAGCUGCAACAUCCCAAUGGAGCGUCGUUCCCCCAACGUCCCGUUGGUUUCAAGAUCCCUGUUAACAUGCACGAGGAUGUCCAGGCCCUGCAGGACGCCCAUGUUCGCAUUUCCGACGCCAUUGCCAGCGGCCAUAUCGUUGACGCGAACGGCAAUCCAAUCGAUAUUUACAAGACCGUGGACGGUCUCAAUCAACUCGGCAACAUUAUCCAAGGAAACGCCGAUUCCGUCAAUCCCGGGUACUAUGGACAAAUGGACUCAUUGUACAGGAAAGUCUUUGGGGUAACCCCGGUACACCACACCACCUCGAACAACGUUAUCCCUAGCGCUCUUGAUAUGUUGAGCACCUGUUUGAGAGAUCCCCUGUUUUAUAGGAUACACAAGAAUAUUGUUAGCUACUGGACGAAAUACAAGCAACACUUGCCGAAAUACACACACGAGGAACUCGUCUUCCCAGGCGUGCAUGUCGAAUCCGUCACCGUUGACCAACUGGUAACAUUCUUCGAUCACUUUGACUCGUUGAUCAGCAACGCUGUGCCCGUGAGCAGCCACAAACAGGCGCAAUCGACGAUGAUCAAAGCGCGUCAGAACCGUCUUAAUCACAAGCCCUUCAGCUAUCAUGUCACAGUCCAUAGCGACAAGUACGUCAAGGCGGUCGUUCGCGUUUUCAUUGGACCCAAAUAUGACGUUUACGGCCGUGAAGUAGACAUAAGCGAGAGCCAUUAUAACUUCUUUGAGAUGGAUCAGUGGGUCGUUGACCUGAUACCUGGUCCCAACGAACUCAACCGCUGCAGCUACGAGUUUCUCUAUGCCGCUCCAGAUGAGGUCCCAAGCGAUGUCCUGUACAGGAAGGUCGUGAAGGCUCUCGAGAAUGACGAACUCUUCGCCUAUUCAGAACAGCUUUAUGGCUUCCCUGAUCGUCUGCUAAUUCCCAAAGGCAAGAAGAAGGGCUUGACGUUCAAACUCUUCGUGGCUGUGUCGAGUUUUAGCAAAACGCUUGGCUUAUACAUGGAUUCCCCCGUCUGGGGUUCCAACGUAUUGGACGAUCGUUGGUUGGGAUACCCACUUGAUAGACCGAUUCCUUUCAACUUCAGCAAAAUACCCAAUUUCUUCAUGAAGGACGUCGUGAUUACUCAUAAGCAGGGGGAUAAGUUGCAUUGAACCAACGUGUAACAAUAAUGUUUUGCAAUCGUCCCAUUAUGACGUCAGAUUAUACUCCUUAUAACUUUAUUUAGCACGCGCGAUCGCGUUAGCUAAGAGAGAGAUAUAUAGAUAAGAGAUAUGGAUACCUUGCCUUUAGCAUUUUACGUGUAACACGUAAAUUACAUCUCCCAGAAGAAGAAAUAAAUUUUACAAAACACCCUCUCACAUUUAUCUCUGUCUUUCUGUGCUGUAUCUUUUAAUUUCAGUUGAUCUUCUUUGAUUUCUCUCUCGAUUCUUCGAUUUAUUCGUAAAAGUACAUUCCAUUAAAAAAUUGCGAAAUUAAAAGCAUAUGUUUAUCAACUAUUUUCAUCGUUGGAUAAUUAAAAUAAACAGUCGAAUAAGAAAUAAGCUUUUUUAGUACGUAAGCAAAAUCACGUGUCUUUUCCGAUUG